GGGGUCUCACUUAGGAGCGGUUGACGUGGCGCUCGUCCGGGUUUCUGACAGGGACGCUGUCUGUGUUGGAGCAGAGAGACAGAAAAAAAAGUGAUUUGAGGGGAAGAUAAAGGAGGAGUGAACUGUAGAAUGAAGGAGCUUUGAGAUGUUUUUGCUGCCAGGCUCUCCUGUGCGCAUCAGAUGGAGCAUCAGGAGGAGCGGGGACACAAACUGUGUCCUUUUCACAGCCAGCUGAACAUCAGGUGAACGUGCCCAACAGCAGCUCCCCCUCCUUGUCUCUGCUGGCUUCUGUUUCGUCACGGUAGGAGCCGAGAGCGCGGGACAGGUAUGAUCAGAGGCUCCGCGCCCUGACGCGCUCCUGCUGCGUGCGAGUUCGGACCGGCGUGGACUUGUAGCAUGAAGCGCCAUGGCUUGGUGUGACCGCGGGGUUCAAACGCUGCUGGCCACGGUGGGGGCUUUCGCUGCUUUCAGCCUGAUGACCAUUGCCAUCGGCACGGACUACUGGCUCUACUCGCGGGCGUACAUCUGUAACACCACCAACGCCACGACGGACGAGACACAGACUCAGCUCAGAACCAAGAAGGGAGAUCUCACUCACUCCGGUCUGUGGAGAAUCUGCUGCAUUGAAGGCAUCAAUCAAGGCAGUUGUUACAGGAUCAACCAUUUCCCCGAUGACAACGACUACGACACAGACAGCUCAGAGUAUCUUCUGCGUAUAGUUCGUGCCUCCAGCGUGUUCCCCAUCCUCAGCACCACCCUGUUGAUGCUCGGGGGCAUGUGUGUCGGCGUGGGCCGGGUCAACAGCAAGACAAACAACGUCCUCCUCAGCGCAGGCAUUCUUUUUGUAGCUGCAGGUCUUAGCAAUAUAAUUGGCAUCAUCGUUUACAUCUCCAGCAAUGCUGGUGACCCAAGCGACAAACGUGACGAUGACAAGAAGUACACUUACUCCUAUGGAUGGUCGUUCUACUUCGGCGCCCUCUCCUUCAUUGUGGCCGAGACUGUGGCCGUCCUCGUCAUCAACAUCUACAUCGAGAAGAACAAAGAAGUCCGCUGGAAGGCGCGACGUGAGUUCAUCCGUUCGCUCUCUUCCUCGUCCCCUUACUCAAGGAUACCAAGCUUCCGCUACCGCCGACGGACGUCUCACGCCAGCUCUCACUCCACGGAGGCCUCCAGGGAGAACUCGCCGGUUGUUGGCCUGAAAGGGGCGCCGUCCUCCAGCGGCCCUCUGGACGAGCUGUCCAUGUAUGCCCUGGCYAGAGACAGCGUGACGGAGAACACGUACAGCCCAGAGCACGAGAGCAGCGCCGAGUUCCUCCAGGUCCAUAACUGUUUCCCAAAUGAUUUAAAGGACGGGGUGAACCGCAGGACCACGCCUGUGUGAGAGGUGCACUGUUGAGCUUCAAAUUCACCUGAAUGGGAAAGAAAAGGAUGCAAAAAUCCAUGUCCUGCCCCCCCUGGAGGCUGAGCAUUUGUGGCUUUCUGCCCUGUUAGAGAMAGUGUCCAUUUUGAAAUGACCAGCGUAAGUCAAAAAAACAAAAAAAUGAGCCAAUGACCCAACUUGGGAAAAUGACAUUGCUAUUUGAAACCAUCAAUGCAGAACAGAGUUAUUAUUGUCUGUGCUGUAGCCAAUCCAAAAUGAACUGUGAGCAGUAAUUAUUCUUACACUUUGUGGGUAAACUUGAGAGUGAAACCUUGAGACGUGUUCUUCUGCAGUAUUUUACUUGUAAAUCAAACAUCUUGGUGCUAAAUAAGAGAUGGCUUUCAACUUGAAAGUGUUGCAUUUGUAUGUGAUGUUUUGUGCUCAUCUUUUAAUCGAACCAUCGGUUUGAAAGAGACAACACUCACAAGAGUGCAGCUGGGAAUCAGCAUCUUUACAGAAUGGUCUGUCGAGUUGUGAUAUAACACAUGUUUAGCUACCUUUUUCCAGAUUUUGUCUCCCUUCUCACCAUCUCUUCCUUAAAACACAUUCCUCUCUGACAUUCGUCACAGCGUGGAACAAAAUGACUUCUGUUCAGUGGUCUCUUUUUAUUCCUUUCCAUAACAGUCUGCCAUGUUUCCAUCACACCCUCUGAUGGAUGUGUUGUUUGGGAUCUGCCUGUUCUGGAUAAAAGAACCAACAGAAAGAGAGAAAAAUAACAGGAGGCACCCAGAACUGUAAAACAACACAAGUCAGGACUUCCUUUGGCUCUGACUGGAGCCCUGGCAUCGAGUGUUUAACGGAUCAAAAUCACAGCCAGACAGGGAAUCCACGUCUGUCCAUCAGAAAGCCUGAGAGUCCAUCUGGCUGCCUCACCCCAAACAGAAGCAAAGAGAGCUGUGUGAAACUGAAGGAUGUGGUUCAAAAUACAGUAUGAGUGUGUGUGUGUGUGUGUUUGUGCUGCUAUCCUGCAGGCCCAUGAAUGCUCUGUUCUUUUAGUACUCUCAGGAAUUACAGUGAAGUCGUGACUGGUUGAACUUCAACGUUUUUCUUUGCCAUCGUAACAGGAGAUGGACCAGUGAUGAAGAAAAACCUCCACAAAUGACUGAAGAUUAGAAGAAAAGGAAGUACAAAAUGCCAUUCCUGUKUUUGGUAAAAUGCUGUGAGUGUUUGCUUGAGUUCGCUCUAAGAACCACCUGGAGUGGGUUUCUUCAGAGGUGGGCUCAGUCAACCACAGAGUCGUGUUGUGAACCUGAUAACGCCAUUGGAGAUAACACUUCAUUUAUCCAGAUGAGCACAUGUACAAAAAAUAAAAAAAGCCAUCAGUGUACCAUUUUUAUAUUUAAGUCUGAGAAGGAGUCAAUACUUGUUUGUAAUGUAAAGCUGUAAAUAGAAGUAAAAUAAAAAAAGAAACUAAUGUAAACAGAAAAAUCAAAGCAUUAUUUAGCUCAGUAAUGAUGCUUUGAUGAGUCUGAACAUGCUCAUGUAACUCAGUGUACCUUUUUAUAUUUAGUUCUAACUAAUUUUGCUGUUAUGAGUCAGUGAGUCUAUGAAAUAUUCUGUUUUGUAAAGUGAAGUACAAUGAGUAUCUUUAGAAGAAGAAACUAUAUUUUCUAUUACAUGUAUUGGCAGCUGUACUUUACUCUGUGUGCUUAUACUGAUUUAUGGCUUACUAUAUAUUGAAGCACUUUCUCAGUUUUAUUCAAGGAACAAAAAACAUGAAUUUUAAAAGGGAACUUGAUGAGUUGCACAUAAUUAAAAGGGAAAUAAACUAAGGCAGCCUUGCAUUUAAAAAGGUCUUUUUCCUGUUAUAGUACAUUCAAAACCAAAUUUAUCACUAUUGUAAAGGUAUUUUCAGUGCCUUUGCUCUUUUUAUGAUUGACUACAUUUCCUGCUUUUAUUGUUCUUAUUAGAAAAAUGUAUUUUAAUUUAUGCUCUGGCCCAAACAUAUUGUACUUAGACAAAUAAACAAAAUCAGGGUUA